AUGGAUAUCAUUCCCACUUUUGGAGACGAACUUAUCCCAACCAUUCGGCCGUCUUACGAAUUACUCAGUGGUCUACUGAACCGCCCCGAGAAUGUGCGUGCAAUCCGUGCGACAAAGAGAGAAACCCUGUCCUACGGGCCACAUGAGCGACAUCUCCUCGACUUAUUCACCCCUAGUGACUCUGCUGUGAAUCCUAGCGGGGACGGCCCACGCCCGAUCUUUAUAUUUCUCUAUGGUGGCGGCUUCAAGGCGGGAGAUAGAACCAUUCCCGAAGUUGAAGGGGGCCUUGCGUAUGCCAAUGUCGGAUCUUUCAUGGCAGACAAGCUGGGAUAUGAGACUAUCAUCAUGGACUACAGAACCAUCGACCAUGGAGGCAAGUAUCCAAGUGGAGGAGACGAGAUUGACAUGGUCUUUAACUGGCUCGAAAAGCGCAACGUCGGUAAGCCACGCCGAGAUGUCUACAUCAUGGGGAACUCAGCCGGAGCAGCGCACGUCAUGACAUGGCUCUUUGAACCAGCUUAUGACGAAUCUGUCAAGCGGCUCACCUCUGGCCAGGGCGACCUCAAGCUGAAAGCGGCUGCCUCUGUCGGCGGCCCUUUCAGGUGGUACUACAAAGAUAUGACCGACACGUUCUUGCAGAGUAUACUAGUUACGUACUACGGAGACGAAAAGAAAGUGGAUGAGAACGCGCCGACCGAGGUUGCUCAUAGAGCUAUUGAGUCUUCGGGUGCGAGCGUAAGCAAGACGAGACCCCCAAUCUUGGUUGCUGUGAGCGAGUUUGAUCCAGAAUACAUGCGGAGAUGUGGCAAGGAAUUUGCGGAAAUCUGGGAGGCAGCUGGUGGAAAAGUAGAGCAUUGGAUACUAAAGGGUCACAACCACAUCAGCCCGGUCCUAUGUAUGGGAACCGGAGGUGAGAUGGAAGAGGCGUGGGCUCAUGAGAUGAUGAAGCGGCUUCAAGACCUAGCACACUAG